AUGUCUUCAGGAUUCGUCAGUGGCGGCAAAGCGGGUGAAGAAGUCGAGCGCGAUGACGAAUGGAAAAAGGCCCAGCAAGAGAUUGAGGAUGCCCGGCGCGCCAAAGCCGACUUAGCGAAACAACAGGAUGGAAAGAGCCUUUUCGAAGUUCUGCAAGCCAACAAAGACAAGAAACAGGCCGAGUUUGAGGAAAAGGCGCGUUACAAGCUGCAUGUUGCUCUAGAUGAUGAGGAAGCCGACUAUCUGGAUUCCGUCUUGGAAAAGAAGCGCCAGGAGGAGCUCAAUGUGAAGAAGGAGACUUUCGAACAACUGGAUAUAUUCCGCAGGCAAAGGGAAGAAGCCGAGAGGAAGGCGAAAGGUCUUGAAGAAGAGAGUUCAGAGGCGCCCAAAGAUGAGGAUGCUCCGCAAUGGGCAGCAGUUGGGCGAAAGAGGAAGAAGGGGGCUGAAGGUGGUCUGUUGAAGGGUGUGAAGCUGAGGAAGUCGAGUUCCGUACCAGAAGAGAAGAAAUCUGUGGACGAAGGAAAAGCGACCGCGCAGUCUGAGAGCGUCAAGACAAACGUGUCAUCUACCGCAACGAGUGCCAAUGGCUCGAAGAGUCCUGCGACGACGUCCGUAAACACUGUCAAGCCACCAGCAGGGCAAUCGACAUCCAAACCGGGGAACACACUUUCGCUCGGCCUGGGCUAUGCAUCAUCGGAUGACGAGGAUUGA